GUCACCGGUCUAUCCAAAGAAGCGAGGGCACAGGUCAAGGAAGCGACAGAAAGAUUAGGUGGUAAAUACAGUCCCAAUCUUCAUCCCCAAUGUACCCAUUUGGUGGUUCAGAGCUUUGCUGGACGCAAGUUCGAGCAUGCUUUGAAACAUGGAGCAAGGAAUGGUCUCUUUGUUGUUACACUGGGAUGGUUUGUGGAUAGCGUCAAGAGAAAUGUUAGGUUGAGUGAAUCUCUGUAUGCUGUCAAGAAUGUUGGAGAAAAUGGUAUGCAUAUGGAUGAGCUAAAUCAGUUGGUUGGGUUCGGCGGUAGUGAUUAUUCAUGUCUUCCUAGUGGUAUUCAUGAAGCCAAACAAGUUGACAUGAUGGAGAAAUCGCAUCUACGAUUUUCUGGAAAAGAAUCCAGUAUAAGUAAGGAUUUAACUUUGUCUGGAAAAUCUCUAUAUGUGGAUUCAGAUAUUUCAGAUGAAUUGCAGUGUAAGGUUUUGGAGGCUGCUGCUAAGGAAGGUGCGAAGCUUGUGGAUCAAUGGUCUGUGGGCUGCAGUGUGAGUUAUAUAGUUUGUGAAGGGACUUCUGUCCAAAGAUAUCUUGGCCACACCAGCUAUCUUGUUACACCACUCUGGGUUCUGAAAACGGUGAAAGAGAGGUAUGCACGGAGGCUUGUUCACAUAUCUGCUGAUCUGGCAAGGCAGGUCGGAAUGAAGCUUGAAAAUCUUCAAAGUUGCACUAUUGAGGAGGAGGUUAGUGGGGAGAAUGUCCCUCAAGAUGCAAAGAGCUUUAUGACCAAAGCAACCCAUGAAGAAAGGCAACAUAUUGUAAAUUUUGCAAAAAUUGGGGUUAGAAACCGUCGUGGUCGUCGAAUGCAGACUUGUCAGACCCCAAUUCGACCAAUAACCCCAAGCAGUCUUCUGGAUUCUAUCUGCUGGACAGUAUCUGAGCCAGCUUCAACUGCUUCUAUCUACACAGAUUCUCUCAGUAAUGAUGGUGCAAGUGAACAUCAUACAUCUAUAUUCUUUGAUGCAAAAGGGGAUGGGAGGGAUUCAGAAGCGUCAUUUGCAAACUUAACCAGGCGACUCACUGAAAGUGAGAAAACUGAAUUGAUAUUCAAAAACCACUUUCUGACAAUAUUGUUUCCCACUGAUCGAUUUGCUGAGAUGGGGCCUUCUUCACGAACAUAUUUCAGCGACAAUGGUUUUACAUGCUUCCAGGUGUUAGAUUACAUCUACACAUUUUAUCAGGAGAACAUGACUACUCAUGAAAUAGAGGCUGCUAUUCACACCGACUCAAGGCAUGCUGAUCGUCUUCGAGCAAUGUACAGCAGUAAAGAGACAGCAGUGUCCAGACAUGUGACUUUCAAACGAAUAGACUUCUUGGGAAGUCGGAAGAGCUUUGAAAUGUUGAAGCGCGUUAGUGGGGAUAACAAUAGUAACGUGUAUGAGCUUGUGAUAAGAGCAUAAAUAUAUGUUUCUAUCUUUGGGAUGUUUCCACAGUAGCAAUUUUUAGAUAAUUGGUGGAAGGAGUUUUCCAAGACAGAAAUAUUUGCCUUACCAAGCUGUAAAUAUGGAGUUUUGAAUGAGGGAAGUCCCAAAAAUGGAGAAAAAAAAGAGAAAAAAGGAAGCAUGGCGUAUUUUUUUCUUGAACUUGUAUAAAUUUAACAACUCAAAUCAUUGAGGACUGGCUGUAAAUUGGAUUGUAAGUUUGGAAUUUAAUACCCUUCUUUGCUUUUUGUA